CGCUUUGCUCAUUUCGCAGCGCUGUCCUAUUUUUUAUUGUAUAUUUAAUCUCUUCGCAAAACUAAACGGUUUAUGUCGAGCACAUCGUUGUUCAAAAUACUGGGCUUGGGCCAAUCUGGAAAGCCAGUUAUAGAAAACUCAUGGGCCGAUGAAGGGGAGCGAUUUUUUGGUCUCGAAAAUUUUGGAAAUACUUGUUACUGUAACUCAGUUUUACAAGCAUUGUACUACUGCAAACCAUUUCGAGAAUGCGUAAAUAACUUCCCGCAGCAGCUUCCUCCACCUCCUCAUACCCCCCUACCAACAGUUCCAGGUUCACCAUUGGCCGCUGGUUCGGCUGCAUCCUACUUCCCUUCCACUCCAGCUUCUUCUACCGCAUCUCCAGCUUUUGGUGGCUCCAAACAGAACAACACAAACGGCGCUCUGCCGAACAACAAAGAUAGCAGCAGAAAUGUACUCCCUUCAAGAGGUGGCCCACCUCCUGGCCAUCAGAGUAAUGCCAACGUUCUAAACAACGUUGAUAAAGAUAACGCUUCAAUUAUAUCCGUCCCCGGCAUGGAAGAUACUCUUUUUGCCGCCUUAAAGGAUCUUUUUUGGAAGAUAUCAACGCAAAAGAAAAAGACUGGUAUUGUUGCACCUAUACAAUUCAUCAACAAGGUCAAAAAAGAAAAUGAAUUGUUUCGGUCUAGCAUGCACCAAGAUGCUCACGAAUUCUUAAACUUUGUCCUUAACACCAUCGCGGAGAAUGUGAACGACUACCAGAAGAAAAAUGGUCAUUCACAAAAGGAUAGUGUUGGCAGUAGUAACGGCAGCGUUAAUGAUUCAGAAUCUGAGGGACUUCGAUUGAACGGCGAUACUGGUUCUGAAAAUGAUUCCGUUCAUACAAAUGGUAGCCAGCCUGCCACUUGGGUACAUCAACUGUUCGAAGGCGUAUUCUCCAAUGAGACUCGGUGCUUAACUUGCGAAACGGUAACUAGCCGAGACGAAGCAUUUAUGGACUUAUCUAUCGAUGUUGAAAUGAAUUCGUCCAUUACCUCUUGUCUCCGUCAAUUCUCUGCAAGUGAAACGCUCUGCCAUAAAAACAAGUACUUUUGCGACGUUUGCUCUGGCUUGCAAGAAGCAGAAAGAAGAAUGAAAAUCAAAAAGCUUCCAAACAUAUUAGCGUUGCAUCUCAAACGCUUUAAAUACCAGGAACAACUCCAGAAGUACAUAAAGUUGACAUAUCGUGUUAUGUUCCCAUUUGAGCUUCGGCUUUUUAAUACCUGCGAUGAUACCGAAGAUCCCGAUAGAAUGUAUGAGCUUUGGGCAUGUGUCAUUCAUAUUGGCAGUGGACCACACCAUGGGCAUUAUGUCACAAUUAUCAAGAGCAAUGGGAAAUGGUUAUUGUUUGAUGAUGACAUCGUUACGUCCAUUAAUGAAGAAGAAAUACAACGCUACUUUGGAGAUUUGCCGGGUACUGGUAGUGGAUAUGUUUUAUUCUACCAAGCCGUUAAUUUAAACAUGGAUCCCGUUGGCGUGCCAGCUGCGAACGGCCAGACUAUGCCCCAGCAGCAAAACGGCGAUGUUGACUUCAAAUUAUACAACGAAGACGUAUUCAACCACUCAGAUAGUAGAACCGAUUCGCCGCGUGGUACAACGCCUACACCUGUAUCCAUUCGAGAUGAACCUUCAUCUAACGACUCAUCCGUCAAUGGCCUGCCUGUAGUGCCGGAAGAAAAGCGAUCUAGAUGGGGUCUCCGGAAAGGGCGUAAAGAUUCCACUAAAGAAAAGCGAUAAAUGAAACAAGCUUAAAAUUCAACCAACAACCCCCAAGAAAAAACAACAAACACACUGAAGGACAUACUUUUCCUUUCCAUUUCUAUUUUUCAUUUUAGAAUAAUCGCUUUCCCUCCAAUUAUAUACAUUUACUUACAGUAUUCCCUACUGGUGUCUGCCUCUUUUGCAAAUGAUUAAAGCAUAGUGUGAAUGUUACAUUUUACAUUAAUGCGCCG